AUGGGAGAUUCCCUCGGUCAGAACUUCUUCAACUACACUGAUGCAUCAAACAGAACCAGUAACGGUUCUGAUGAGAACGACGUUUUGUACGUGGGAAAUUGUGUCUCUAUUGUCGUUGGAUUUCCUUUGACUCUGGUUGCCAUGUUUGCUGUUUUAUCAAAGGUGAAAGAAGAUAAUGUUGCUCCAGUUUACAUCUUCAACCUCCUGCUUUCUGACGUCAUCCAGUACUGCAGCAGAAUUCCUAUAAUAUUACGUACUGCUAAUGUUUGGUCUCAUUGUGCCUUCGAUUUUGGCAUCACAGCCAGUAUUGGAUUCAUGAUGUGUAUCUCCCUGGAAAGGUAUCUGGCCAUUUCCAAGCCGCUGUGGUACAGAUUUAAACGAAACAUCAAGACAUCUGUGCUGGUCUGUGUCAUCAUCUGGAUCCUUUCUUUUCUCUAUAAUAUUAGCAUGUAUCUCUUUUUAGGAUUACAGAUUAGAGUAAUCAUCCAGGGUGCUGGUCUCCUCCUCCCUCUUCUCUUGUUCAUCUUCUGCCUGGUUGGGACCAUUAAAGCUCUGACUGAAGCUCGCAGUGUCUCUGCUGAUGAAAAACGUCGAAUUGUUUCCAUCCUGGUUGUGGUGUUGCUCAUAUAUAUUUUGCUUUUCAUCCCCAAUAUGAUGUAUUAUCUGUUGGAAAAACCCUGGGAAGAUUCAAUCUUCUGGACUGUGGUUACAAUUGGGCUUUUUCUUAGUCCUCUUGCCGACUCAUCCUUGUAUAUUUUUCUGAGGAAAAUUGCAUUUAACAAGCUUGGGGCCUCAUUGUGUUGUGUAACGUCAAAGAAUCAGGAGAUCAGCACUGAUGAUGUCAUGAUGUCAGUUUCUCGAUCUACAGGAGUGUAGGGGCCCUCAAUGCACAAAUAUCUUCACAUGUUACUUUCUGAAAGUUUUCUUACGGAUUAUCUUUUUCAUAAUCUGUUAUAUACCCUCUGAAAAAUUCAAACUCAACAAUUAAAAUGACAACCUGCUUGAUUCUGAGUUUUCUUUCCUUCAGUAUCCGAGACAUUUUUUUAAUUGUUUGUCUUUGCUCGUUUCACGUUAAUUUUA